CAAGAGCUGCUUCUGCCUGAUCCAAUGGCCUACACAAUCAGCCCCACCCCUUCUGUGCCGGGGGGAACCCAGGAUUGUGUUUGCAGAGUUGAACUGUCCGUGUGUGGUCAAAAUCUUUUGGAUAGAGAUGUGACCUCUAAAUCAGAUCCUUUUUGUGUCUUAUUUAUGGAAAUCAAUGGCAAAUGGACAGAGAUUGACAGGACAGAAACGGCGGUGAACAACCUCAACCCAGCUUUCUCCAAAAAGUUCAUCGUAGAUUAUCGCUUUGAGGAGGUCCAGAAGUUGAAAUUUGCCUUGUUUGACCAAGACAAAUCAAGCAUGCAACUGUAUGAACAUGACUUUCUGGGGGAAUUUUCUUGCACUCUGGGAACGAUUGUCUCAAGCAAGAAGGUAACCAGAGCACUCCUUCUGGGGAACGGAAAACCAGCCGGAAAGGGAAUGAUAACGAUAGCAGCCCAAGAGUUAUUGGACAAUCGGGUGAUCACACUCAGCAUGGCCGGCAGGAAGUUGGAUAAAAAGGAUUUGUUUGGAAAAUCAGACCCAUUUUUAGAGUUUUAUAAACAGGGGGAUGAUGGGAAAUGGAUGCUGGUCCACAGAACAGAGGUAAUUAAAUACACGCUGGAUCCUGUGUGGAAACCAUUCACUGUGCCUUUAAUAUCUCUGUGUGAUGGGGAUAUAGAAAAGCAAAUCAAGAUUGUCUGUUAUGAUUAUGACAGUGAUGGAGGGCAUGACUUCAUUGGGGAGUUCCAAACCUCUGUCGUCAUGAUGUGCAAAGAUGCCUCUGUGGUAGAGUUUGAAUGCAUCAAUCCCAAAAAACAGAAGAAGAAAAGAAGCUACAAGAAUUCAGGCAUCAUCAUUGUAAAAUCCUGCAAAAUCACCCGAGAUUACUCCUUUUUGGAUUACAUCCUUGGAGGCUGCCAGUUAAUGUUUACG